AUGCGCCACUGGGACUUGAUUUUUGACUAUCCGAAAAUAACCAAAGAGACACCCGAAGCGAUAGAUGAUUUUCUUGAGACGGUCAAGGUAAACCUCCAAGCGCUAGAAAAACUCGGUGAACCAGUUACCUCAAAUGUCGCUCUUAUAAAAUUAUUCACGUCGAAGCUACCCUCAGCCAUCAUUCGCAAAUGGCAGCGCACAUUGCCGGACAGGAAAAUGCCGUCAUAUACGCAUCUGGUAGACUUUCUGAAAACACGGACGAACGGCGACAGGACAAGUUCAGCAUCAACCGUGAUAAAAGGAGAGUCCGAUCAACACAAACGUCAGCGACCGAACGCACCGCGAAGUUACGCAUUCACAACUACACAUAAUACGUUGGUGUGUCCGAAUUGUCAAGGACAACACGAAUUAUGGAAUUGUGAUGUCUUCAAAGCAAAGUCGCCUAAAAAACGCCUUGAAAUCGCCAAGAGGGCGUCUCUAUGUACCAAUUGUUUAGAUCAACCCGUAGAUCGCUCAAUAAUACAUAUACCGAGGAAUCUCCAACUAGCCGAUCCAAGAUUCCAUAGGCCUGCGCCGAUCGAAAUAUUGUUGAGCGCCGGACCAACGCUAGCAUCACUCUGUGUCGGCCAACUUGACAUCAGUCAAGCAAACGGGCCCGACUUGCGUCUGCAAAAAACGCGAUUCGGAUGGGUCAUCGGGGGGAGCCCAACCUCGCAAUCAUCAGCACUCGCAUUUCACGCCUUCACGACGGCUUUACAGGCGGACCCCGCCCGUGUUUGGGAAAUCGACGAAGGACCGCCCACUGCACACAUUUCGGAAGCGGAACGACAGUGCGAAGAACACUUUCGAAAUCACGUUCAACGCACCAACGAAGGGCGAUACAUGGUCGCUCUCCCAUUCAACGAAACAAUUCCUUCGCUUGGAUCCUCUAAGACAAUGGCGAUGAAGCGACUCAUUUCCCUCUGUCGUCGAUUCCAACGAGACAAACGAUUCGAAGCCGACUAUCGCGCCGUGAUACAAGAAUAUGUGGAAUUAGGACACAUGACGAAGAUUACCACGGACAACUGCACGGACGACGGAUAUUUUCUGCCACAUCACGGCGUGAUCAAAGAGUCCAGCCAAACUACAAAACUCCGAGUUGUGUUUGACGGAUCUGCACCAACCACCACCGGAGUUUCAUUAAACGACAUACUUCAUACGGGACCGAAACUACAAGAUGACUUAUUCUUCAUCCUUCUAAGAUUUCGUUCUCAUCAAUACGUCAUUACAUUCGAUGUCGAAAAGAUGUAUCGACAAUUUCUUGUGCGUCCAGAGGAUCGAAAAUUUCAACAAAUUUUGUGGCGUAAUUCUGAUGGAGAAGUUGACACCUAUCAACUUAAUACAGUGACAUUCGGGCUGUCAGCGGCCCCUUAUCUAGCCAUUCGGUGCCUCAAUCAACUGGCGGACGACGAGGGACAUCGGUACCCACGAGCGGCGACGGUCUUACAGCGAGACUUCUACGUCGACGAUGUUCUCACAGGAGUUGAUAGAAAGGUCGAGGCACGAUCAUUGAGAACGGAGCUCACGGAACUGGCCGGCUUAAACAUUCGAAAAUGGGCAUCGAACGACCAGGAACUGCUACGAGGACUUUUCGAGCAGGACAUAAACGACAAGCUGCUACUAGGCGAAUCGCAAACCUUCAAAACUCUGGGUGUGGUUUGGAAUUCCUUUGACGAUUCGAUCCUAUAUUCCGUAAAAAUUAAUUCUACCGCCUCUCGAAUCACGAAGAGAACAAUCAGCUCCGAAAUCGCCAAGAUCUACGACCCCCCUGGAUUAUUGGCACCAGUGAUCGUUCGUGCUAAGAUGCUGCUCCAACGACUCUGGACUUUAAAAAUUGAUUGGGACGAAUCUCUACCGGCUGACGUGCACACGGAAUGGAGCAAAUAUUAUGCACAGCUGCCAUUAUUGAAUAACGUGAAGUUUCCACGUAAAACGAUAAUCAAGGCUGCAGCGGAAAUUAAAUUACACGGGUUCUGUGACGCUAGCGAAAGGGCUUAUGGGGCAUGCGUUUACCUUCGCACCAUCACUCCGGAUGGUCAUGUCUGGACACGACUCCUCACUGCAAAAUCAAAGGUGGCUCCACUGAAAUCACAAACCAUUCCAAGGCUGGAACUGAGUGGAGCACUUCUUCUCGCAUCAUUGGCCACCACAGUCCUUCAAGCUUUACCAAGCAACAUUUCUCGGACUGUUUACUGGACGGAUUCUACAAUCGUACUUCAUUGGAUCAAUACAUCACCCCAUACGCUGAAAACCUUUGUCGCUGAUCGUGUGACAGAAAUUCAGCAGAAGACUCACACCUCAGAUUGGCGUCACAUUCCCACUGCCGAUAACCCUGCAGAUCUCAUAUCUCGAGGCCAAUCACCCGAAGAUUUCCUGCGACCAACCAUUUGGCAACAUGGUCCGGAAUGGCUCCAACAACCAGAAAGAUACUGGCCGACGUGGAACCCAGUACCAUUAACUGAAAUACCAGAGGAGAAGAAAGCAACAUGUCUGGCCGUGACUCCUGCUGACCACAAUGAAAUCCGCACUCUCCGAACAGAUCGAAAUUCUGCAGUGAAGGGGAAGCUGCAACGACUCAAUCCAUUUCUGGACAAAGACGGGAUGUUGCGAGUCGGAGGCCGACUCAGUCACUCACCAAUGCCGUUCAGUCAGAAACACCCAAUCAUUGUACCCAAAUCCUCAGUCACAGCACUCAUAAUCGAGCAUGAACACCUCAUCAAUCUCCACUCCGGAACUCAAGCUACCUUAUACGCCUUAAGAAGAUCUUAUUGGCCUAUCGACGGCCGUAGUCACGUUUGGAGCACGCUGAAGAUGUUCGUCCGUUGCUGCCGAGCUAAUCCACCUCCAGUGGAUUACGUAUUGGGCGACCUCCCAGGAUCACGGAUAACGGAAUCUCGACCGUUUACCAACGUCGGAAUAGAUUAUUGCGGACCGUUUUACAUCAAAGAACGAAAGGAUCGCAACCGACGCAAAAUUAAGGUAUAUGUAGCAAUCUUUAUAUGUCUUGAAGUCAAAGCAGUCCACAUCGAGCUGGUCAGCGACCUCACUAGCGAGGCCUUCAUUGCUGCUCUGCGAAGAUUCAUCGCUCACCGAGAAUUCUGUGUGACAAUUUACUCCGACAACGGUACCAUCUUCGUUGGCGCCAACAAUGAAUUACGAGAGCUCCGAAAUCUCCUGCAAUCCGACGAUCAUAAGGUAAAGGUUCAGUCCUUUUUAGUCGACCGACGUAUCGAAUGGCUCUUCAUUCCUCCCAACUCACCUCACUUCGGAGGGCUAUGGGAAGCUGCAGUGAAAUCCUUCAAACGACAUUUCAGGCGUGUCGCAGGGUGGGGAUACAUGGGAGGCAGACGUAGAGAGGACGGAGCUGCGUGCGUAAUCGAAAUCUCCGGAAAACUGGAGAGCCUGGGCAAGGGAGGUAACCAGAGUGGAGGACUAGUGCCUGUGAGCGCAAAACGGGUGUGGAUACGGGACGUCCGGCUUGGACAAGGAGGAGUUAAAGGAGGACGGAAUGGUUGUCGGUUGCUCACCUGGACAUCAACGCCCGGGGCGUUCGUCCACGGAGCCCUGCUGGAACGCGGCAACGGAUACGCCGCGGUCGAGUGGGCAGGGAUGAUGGUGGUGGGGGUGUACGUGUCACCUAACAGUGGACGGGCAGCGUUCGAAGAAUUCCUAGACGGAGUUGGCGACUGCGUCAGGCGACGACUCCCACGACAAGUGCUCGUCCUGGGAGACUUCAACGCGCACUCCACGGAAUGGGGGAACGCCAGGGCCAACGCGCGGCCGCACGCUAUCAAACUGGGCCGCGGGACUUGGACUUCUGUUAGUGAACAGGGGCUCGACCAGUACCUGCGUGACGUGCAGAGGGAGCUCCAUUGUUGA